AUGCCAAUUAGAAACAUAAUUGUAUUUGGAGCUCAUGGGAAAGUUGGUCAAAGGUUAAUUCGCCAGUUUUCAGAAGCCAAUGAAUCUUACAAAAUCACAGCUGUGGUGCGAAAUGCUGAUCAAGCAAAGCAAAUUGCUAAGAUUACUUCAAAUUCCUCCGAUUUUAAAAGUGAAAAACUUACUCUUGAUGAAGUAUCAAUCCAGGAACUAACUGAUGCCAUAAAGGGAAAUGAUGCCGUUAUAUUUACUGCUGGCUCUGGAGGUAAAAAUCUUUUGGAAGUUGAUCUAGAUGGUGCUGUCAAGACAUUUGAAGCAGCUUUUGCAGCUAAUGCUCUUAGAUAUGUGCUUCUUAGUGCAAUUCAUGCCAACAGCAGAGAAUUUUUCGAAAACUCUCCUAUAAAACAAUACUUUAUAGCAAAGCACUAUGCAGAUCGUAUUUUGGUUGAUGAAUUCUCUAAUAAGUUGGAUUAUACAAUAUUGAGGCCACCUACUUUGAAGGAUGGCCCUGGAAGUGGCAAGAUCAAUUUCCUUUCUGACAUUAAUUCCCCUGUUGGUUCAAUUGAUAGGGAAGACGUUGCAACUGUUAUUCGCAAAGUGUUGAACAACCCUCGAACUUUUGGAAAGAGCUUCGAUUUUACCAAUGGAGAGCUUGAUAUUAAUGACCCUAGUACGUUUGAUUGA